AUCUUUGACGGAAGUAAGAGCAGAAAGACCAAGGAGAAAAGAAAUCAGAAGAAUGCAUCCUGUGUUGCUAUUGGUGGUUGCAGUGACGGUGGGCGGGGCCAGAACGACGUUCAGUCGCUGUUGGGAGCGCCGGAGCUGCCAGGAGCUCAUCUCUGAGAGCAGCAUGACGGAGUGUUUCCAGCUUUGUGGACUUGACCCUCAUGAGAUGACCUCCAUUCUUAGCAGUGUUCACCUUCAGCGUCCUCCUUCAUCCAUCUUUCUUUCUCCUUCACCCUCUUCCUCCUCCUCUCAAGCCAAACGUUCCUACUCCAUGGAGCAUUUCCGUUGGGGGAAGCCUCUUGGGAGAAAGCGUCAUCCAGUGGAAAUCCCUGCAGGCGAAAAGGUAGAUGGGGACUCAGCUGAGAUUUUCCCUGGAGAGCUGAGGUGGUGGGAGCUUUCCAGGGAAAAAAUGACAGCUGAGGAUGAGGAGAGACAAGAGGAAGCAGAGGAGGUCUCCAAUGAGCAGCAUGAUAAAAAAGACAUCCCGUACAAGAUGAAGCACUUCCGCUGGAGCGGCCCUGUGGCGGGCAAACGCUACGGGGGCUUCAUGAAGAGCUGGCAGGAGCACAGCAAGAGGCCGCUCAUCACACUCUUCAGAAACGUCAUCAACAAAGACGGAGAGGAGGAGAAGACAGCAAAAUGAGGAAGAAGGGAGGAAAUGGAAAUUAACCAGAGGGGAAAAUGAUCAAAAUACAGAAUAUUAUUACAUUUAUCUUACAACUAAAUAUG